AUGGCUCCUGCUCCAUUUGCUGACGAUGCAUUCAAGGGGUAUGCAGUGACCGACACAAAGAACUGGACGGACUUCACCGUCAUGAACUACAAGCCUAAGCAGUUCACGGAGGACGACGUCGAGGUCGCCAUCACCCACUGCGGCGUGUGCGGCUCGGACGUGCACACGAUCACUGCUGGAUGGGGUGCGAUCACACCCCCUCUCGUUGUUGGGCACGAGAUUGUUGGGAUUGCCACUCGCGUCGGGAAGAACGUCACCGAGAUCAAGCUUGGGGACAGGGUUGGCGUUGGCGCCCAGAUCGCGAGCUGCUACACUUGCAAGGCGUGUAAGAACCACAAUGAGAACUACUGCCCGACCAUGAUUGACACCUACGGCGCCGAAUACCCAGACGGGACAAAGACAAUGGGUGGAUAUUCCCUCGCCAUCCGUGCCAACAAGCUCUUCACCUUCCACAUCCCCGACGGACUUGCCUCCGAAGACGCAGCCUCCAUGCUCUGCGCCGGUCUGACCGUCUUCUCCCCCUUGGUGCGGAACGGCUGCGGCCCGGGGAAGAAAGUUGCUGUAUGCGGGAUCGGUGGGCUCGGGCAUUACGCGAUUAUCUUCGCCCACGCUCUCGGAGCGCAAGUGACAGCCUUCUCCCGCUCUCUGGACAAGAAGGAGGACGUACUCAAGAUGGGUGCGGACCGAUUAGUGAUCUCCUCCGUGCCAGGGUUCGAGAAGGAGUUUGCACGCGAAUUCGACAUUGUCAUCUGUGCAUUGAACGUUUCGGCCGGAUUCCCGAUCGGAGAGUAUCUGACGAUCCUUGACGUUGCGGGCAUAUUCAUCAUGGUCGGUCUGCCGGAGGGCAACCUCCCCGCUCUGACGGCAUUCAACCUCCUCCCGAACGGGUGCAGGCUGUCAGGCAGCCAUUUGGGGAAUCACGAGGAGAUGAACCAGAUGCUGAAGCUCGCGGCGGACAAGGGACUCAAACCGUGGAUACAGAAGAUGCCGAUGAAGGACUGUGGCAAGGCGGUCAAGGCUGUCAAGGACGGCAAGGUCAGGUAUAGGAUUGUGCUUGAGCAGGAUUUGACACUAUGA